AUGGCCACCUCUAACUCCAGUAUCACUUACUCUUCUGGUGCCGUCGGUGAAGUUGAUUUACGUUUAUUGCAUUUCAAUGAUAUCUAUCACAUUGAGGCUGGCUCCCGUGAACCAGUUGGUGGUUCUGCCAGAUUUGUCACCUUAACCAACCAUUACCGCGACGCUCCAGAGUUUCAAGGCCAGCCAGCACUCCUAACCUUUUUCUCCGGGGAUGCUUUCAAUCCUUCUCUCGAGUCCACCGUCACAAAGGGACGACACAUGGUUCCCAUUCUGAAUAAGAUUGGAACAGAUGUCGCCUGUCUGGGGAAUCAUGAUUUGGAUUUUGGUGUUGAACAAUUCAAACAUCUCGCGGAGCAGUGCAACUUCCCUUGGCUUGUAGCAAAUGUCGAUGACCCCGCUCUUGGUGAAGGGGUCAGUAUAGGCAGUUUGUCUAAAACAUUUAUAUUGGAGAGCAGCAACGGCUUGAAGGUGGGAGUGAUCGGUCUAGUGGAGAAGGAGUGGCUAGAUACGAUCAAUGCUUUACCGCCAAACUUGAAAUAUACAAACUCCUCUGACGCUGCGAGGGCCUUGGUGCCCACUUUGAGGGAUGCUGGAGCCGAUAUUAUAGUUGCUGUGUCCCAUCAGAGAGAGCCGAAUGAUAUUAAACUUGCCAAUGACAUUCCUGCUGGUCUUAUUGACAUUAUCCUAGGAGGACAUGAUCAUCAUUAUGCGCAUGAAAUCAUCAAUGGAUGUCACGUUAUCAGAUCCGGUUGUGACUUCAAGCAGCUUUCAUACAUUGAGGCUCGCAAAAAGAGCAAAGAUGGCUCUAAGCCAGGUUGGAACUUUGAUAUUGUCCGAAGAGAUAUAACGAAAGAAAUACCCGAGGACCAGCCAACAGCAGAAAUCGUAGAUGAGUUGACUUCCAAUCUAAAGGCGAAAUUAUCAAAACCUAUCGGAUUUACAGCUGUUGAUUUGGACGCUCGAUUCGGCACCGUACGAGCUUCAGAAUCGAAUCUGGCGAACUUUGUGUGCGAUGUAACUCGGUCCUAUUACUCGACGGAUUGUUCAUUGAUGGCCGCAGGGACGAUGAGAGGAGAUCAGAUUUAUCCCCGAGGUGUUCUCAAGCUCGGCGAUAUUGUCAAAUGUUUCCCAUUUGAAGAUCCGGUCGUAGUUAUCCGAAUUCCUGGCGCGAGUAUCAAAAAAGCGCUCGAAAACGGCAUCUCAAAACUUCCCGCCUUUGAGGGGCGUUUCCCACAUGUUAGUAACAUAUUCUACGUAUAUAACUCUUCACUACCAGCUGGAAAUCGCAUUGUGUCUUGCAAGAUCAACGGCGAGGACUUAGUGCCAGAUAAAAAGUACACAAUGGCUACUAGGCUCUACAUGGCGACUGGCAGAGAUGGAUACGAAGCUUUAACACCUGAGCACGGCGGAGCGGAAUUUGUUGUCGACGAGGAGAACGGCACCCUCAUAAGCACUAUUCUCCGCCAAUACUUCUUGUCUCUAAAGGUUAUGGGCAAAUGGCAAUGUGGUGCACUCAAAGAGAUCUUUGGGGGCCUCAGGAGCUCGCAGGCCAAAAAGGGAGAGCUCAUGCAAAACCAUGUCGCAGAUGCAGCCGGGGCGGAUGAUGAUAAUACAACUCUCUCAGGUCUGACCAAGAGGUCAGCGCACUUGGCUGAGAGCUUUGGGAAAAAAUGGGCAAAUCGGGCGGGUAUUGUGGACUGGACCAGUAGUAUUGCCCCGAAACUAGAAGGAAGAAUUGAGGAUAUCAAAUCUAAGCAGGAAAUGGAUAAAUAG